AUGGUAGCAUAUAUGUGGCGAUUCAUGAACAACGCCAGUUCACCCGUGCACAGCCGAUCGACAGGCCGGUUGACAAACUAUGAGAAAAUGUUAGCUGAACAGACUAUCAUCGUUGAAGCACAGCGGCAGGCAUACCCCGAAGAGUAUCGAACACUUCAAAAGUCUGGUGACGGAACUGCAAUAUUAGCAAAGAAGAAUCCGCUGGCCAAACGUAGCCCGUAUUUAGAACGCGAUGGAAUAAUACGGGUCAUGGGGCGAAUCGAUGAAUGCCGCUACGUAGGCGAUAAUACUAAACGGCCAAUCAUUCUCCCCAACGAUAGCAGUGUUACUGAGUUGAUCAUUCGAGGCUACCACUGGCGCUAUGGGCAUACGAAUCAGCGAACGAUUAUGAACGAA